GAAGUGUUAACAGUCAUGCUGUACACAUUGCUCUUAGUGCCAUCGCUGUUCCUGUUGGUGAUGCCUGUCCCUAGCCAAGGCUGGUCUAGGCCCCUCUGGUACCAAGUAGGGCUGGACUUGCAGCCCUGGGGCUGCCAGCCAAACAGCCCAGAUAUCUGGGGCUGCCAGCCAAAUAGCCUGGAUAGCUGCAAGAACAGUCUGGGUUGCCCUGGCUACUGGUUGGGCCUGGGAGGAAAUCGCAUCUACCCCGUGGCUGGGGUCACAAUCACCACCACCAUGUUGCUGGUUGUCAGCCGUGUGAUAGUGCACCGAUGGCGAGCUAAGGUUGCUAAGGGUCAGCUCCCAGCAGUGACCUCCAGCUCCGGCAAACACUGGAAAGAGCAGCCCACUGUCUCAGACCGCACGCUGGUCCUCAGGGUCCUUCACAUGCUGGACGCCAUCCUGCUCCACAUUGAGGGCCACCUGCAGGGGCUGGCUUCCCAACAACAAAUUCAAAUAAAAGGGUCCCCCCCUCAGUCUGGGUGACCCAAUAUAUGCU